AUGUAUACAGGGUAUCAGGUCAUGAACAAUGCCGAGCAUCUCGCAACAAGUGAGGAGCAACUGUCACGGCAGGCCAACCGCGACACUAAGCAGGCUCUGCAACACGCAAUUGCUUCCGCAGAUUUUUAUAUGAAAGCCUAUGCCGAGGCAACCAAUGCGACUGACCGUCUUCGCCUGCGGCGAAAAUGUCGAGAGAUGAUCACGUGGGCUGAGCAACUCAAAUCAAAAGAGCCCAGCGGCAUUUCAUCUCCGCCUACGUACCGCAAGAUCACGGGAGAAGAGGAGACCAUUCUUCGGCAAUCAUCCUACUUACAUGCCUGUUUCUUUCCGCCUUGGCAGUCCGACCCAAGCGAUGAUGUAUUUGAAAUUCCCGCAGGGUAUCCGCCAUACACGGAUCAUACCGAGUAUGCUAUGUCCCAUCAGCAGAACGAUAUUCUGGGAGGCUGGGAGCGACCUGCCACUCUCGUCGGCUCUCUCUUCCACACCGAUGAGCCAUUCAACGGUACCACUGCACUGAUGGCCGCAAGUGGCGACAGUGACCUGGUCCAAGAUAUAACGACGGACUGUUCUGUGGUAGCUAGCCUUUGUGCAGCUAUGGAUGUUCUUGUCACAAAGUCGCGCGGCAAGCCGCUUCUCUCACGCCUGAUGUUUCCGUACGACCACACCAACGAUCGUCCAAAGCUAUCGCAGUCCGGGAAAUACAUAUUCCGCAUGCAUUUCAAUUCAAUGGGCUGCUUUCCGUGAGGGAGUUAAUCGAUGAUCGACUGCCCGUAUCACGAGCUGGCAUGACCGUAACUUAUUCGUUGUUGAUCGUCGGAAUCC